UGUAUCCCUUUAUAUACCAUUUCCCCAGUACAAGGUUUCAUCAAUCAUCACAGAACGAUUAGAAGCUAAAGAGGAAACAUUCAAGAGGUAUCUCGGUCAGGAAAUUAAAGAAUUCCAUUUCGUCCAUCGAAAAUGAAGAAUCAGCUACUUGAACAAGUUAUUGGACUUCCAAUCACAUCAAAGGCAUAUCGAGUUGAGAGAACGCCAAGGCGAUACUUACCUGAUGCUGCCGGCCAAUACCGCAUUUCAUCUUCUGCAGAAGGGUCUACCACAUUUAGAAAAGGCAAAGGAAAUUUUGUACUUAAAAGGAUGAAUACGCUAGGAAAGAAGGCUGAUACAUUUGCACAUGGAGUCCGAGAGCAUGUGAGACUGGGGCCAAAGAUCACUGAAACUGUGAAAGGAAAGUUGAGUUUGGGGGCAAGGAUUCUUCAAGUAGGAGGUGUGGAGAAGAUUUUCAAACGAUUGUUUAGUGUCAGAGAAGGAGAGAAACUGUUGAAGGCUUGUCAAUGCUAUUUAUCAACCACAGCAGGCCCUAUCGCCGGCCUCCUUUUCGUCUCUUCCGAGAAGGUUGCCUUUUGCAGUGAGAGAUCAAUCAAAAUCCCUUCUUCCAAUGGAGAGUUGCUCAGAGUCCAUUACAAGGUUUUGAUUCCACUUGAGAAAAUAAAGGGAGUUAAUCAAAGUGAAAACAUGAAGAAACCAUCGCAAAAGUACAUAGAAAUGGUCACGGUAGAUGGUUUUGACUUCUGGUUUAUGGGCUUCUUGAAUUAUCAGAAAGCUUUCAAAUAUCUUCAGCAGGCAAUCUCCCAAAGACUAGAUGAUGUGCAAGUCACUUUCUAGGUGGCUUAGCUUAGAAAUGUUUCUCCUGAUCUGCAGCAAUUCAUCAGAUUGUUUUGUUGAUGAAUUGAGGGAAAACCCAUCAUCCACUUCUGCAAAUGUACAAAGUUUUUGUUUUCUUUUUAAUGAAUAUAUGAAUGCUCUUAAUUCUGCAAUCUA